AAAAGAAAAAUAUAUAACCCUCUCUAUCAAUUCAACUUUUACCCCACUCUUUCAUAUAAAAGUACUAUUAACUUCAGUUCUGUAUUUUGGAAAAUAAUAAAGUAAUUUAGUAAAUGUUACAAUUGUUCAGUUUCAAUAAAAUAUGAAUGCGAAAGUAACCAUCAUAGUGAAUCAAGUCGUAUUAUGGACAAAGACCAAAGACCGAAAUUAUUGAGUAUCGUGCAUCGUGGACCUCAAGUCGAUUGUAAUAAUGUCAUGGAAUGACGAUAUCGCUUAUGCUAUGACUCCCUCCAAACUCUUCACUUUGCCAUUAGGCGUUUGGCCAUUGCAGAAAUAUAAUACAUUUGCUUUAGUCCGUGUUCUUGUGUGCGGCUUCCUUAUGAGCUCGAUGAUGAUAACGUUGUUCCUCGAAAUUAAUUUCGGUAGCAGCGAUGCUUAUGUAAAAGUUGAUGCUCUUAUGCUUAUGUCUUGCAACAUUCUCUGUGUACUGAAGCUAAUAUUGUAUCGUUUCUACGCCGACAAUCUGAUUCGUAAUUUCUCUUCUGCUGUGAAAGAUUAUCUUGCGAUCGACAACGAAUGGAAACGCAUCAUCAUGAGGCGACACGCAUUUAUGGGAAGGAUAGUUUGCUACAUUUGCGUACUUUCAACUUAUGUGUGUGCAUUAAUUUGGACGAUAAUGCCUAUGCUAGCAGACGAUGGUGAGGAUAUCCAAGUAAAUGUAACCAUCAAGAAUCAAGUUUCAGAACUACCCGUGCCUGUAACAUUUUUAGGAGACCCUGAUAUUCCUACGGGCAUAUACUUUGUAAUUGUUACAAUGCAAUUAUUUAUAUUGAUGCUAACUGGUACCAGCAAUUGUGGUAAUGAUUCACUUUUCUUUGCUAUCGUACUUCAUAUUUGUGGCCAAAUGGAACUUCUGAAAACCGAGUUUAAUAAAUACGGCAUAAUAGAUAAAGACAUAAGUGAUAAUUUUUCAAUAUUGGCAUCGAGACAUCAUUAUUUAAUGGAAAAUGCAAAACUUCUAACAGAUGUAAUAAGUUCUGUUUUACUUGUGCAACUGGUGUUUAGUUGUCUUAUUAUUAGUUUCAUCGGUUUCCAAUUUAUCUUGGCAUUGAAAGUAAAUGACGCAGUAAUGAUUAUUAAAAGCGUAGCAGUGUUGACCUCUUUGACGCUUCAAUUGUUCUUUUAUAGUUUCGUGGGCGAUUAUCUAAAGUGUCAAAUGGAAGACAUAGCCGAUUCGAUUUACACUAGUAAUUGGUAUCGCUUACCAACAAAAUUGAUGAGAAACGUCUUGUUCGUCAUGGUGCGAUCGCAGCAACCAGUUCAACUAUUAGCUGGCAACUUUUUCCUUGUAAACAUGAAAACUUUUAUGAACAUAUUAAAAAGUUCGCUGUCGUAUUUGUCUGUUUUACGAGUAAUGGUGGAGUAAGGCAUAAGUUAUUAAAGCAUAAGUAAUUAAUGAAGAGAACUUAAAAAGGAUUUAAAAAAUGUUCUUGGUACUUUCUCAGUGCGAUUGCACCAAGAUUAGCACGAUACAGUAUCGACAAAGAUUAUUUAAAGACAAAAACCGAAGAAAUUACUAGACUAUUUAUUAAAACAAUUUUCUUGAAAAAGUGAAGAAAUAUAGUAUUUAUUACAUAUAUUGUAUUUAUUAUGUAAUGUAGAUCCAGCUUCCAAUUAAGCUGUAAGUUAAAAAUUUGACUUGUAGUGAACUUAAGAAUGAAGAAACUUACAUAACGAUCUUAACUUUCUUUUAUCUUUCUUUAAUGCGGUAGCAACGGUAGUGUGAAGUAUUAUGGAUACACAUUAUAAUAAUAUUUUUCACCUACAGACGUCUACAGAUAUAGUAGCAUAUAGAGAACAAUUUAAUAAAAUUAAUAUUUACAAUCAUAAUACAUCGAUGUAUUCGUCUAUUAGUCAAAUCGAAAAUAUUAGAAAAACUCUGAUUUACUUAUAUACCGCACUUAUUAAAAAAUUAGUUUCUCAAAUAUUAUUUACAAUAAUUAAAAUAAAUGUAUAAUACUAAUAAAAA